UAAACUGUGGGUGGAAUGAUAAAAUACGAGUUAAGAAAAUGGCUACUUGCAAGAUUGAUUAGGUUUUCAAACUAAGAAAAAGGACUAGAUUAUAUAUAUAUAUAUAUAUUUAGGUAUUGGAUUUGAGGGAAUUAGGUUAGACCAAGUAUUAGCCACCCAAUUCCAUGCAUGCCUGACAGUUUCUUAUUAGAAGUCUUCAAGUCUUGUAUAUAUAAGAGUUAAUUUCACACUUUCAGUCACGAACUAGAAGGCAGAAACAAAAUGGAGGUACUAAGGAGAUGGUUGAUACUAUUAUCAAUGGUUUUAAUGAUUAUGCAGAGAGGAGAGGGGCAGUUACUCGAAAAUUUCUAUGCUAAUUCUUGUCCGAAUCUGGAAUCCAUAGUUAGACAAGAAGUGUCGACGAAGUUCACCCAAACCUUCGUUACCAUCCCUGCAACUCUCCGCUUGUUUUUCCACGAUUGCUUCGUUGAGGGAUGUGAUGCAUCAGUGUUGAUUUCAUCGUCGAGUGGAGAUGCCGAAAAGGAUGCUAAAGAUAAUCUCUCCCUUGCCGGUGAUGGAUUCGACACGGUAAUCAAGGCCAAACAAGCCGUUGAAACGCAAUGUCCUGGAGUUGUGUCUUGUGCUGAUAUUUUAGCUCUUGCUGCUCGUGAGGUUGUCGUCCUGGCUGGAGGUCCUACAUGGGAAGUAGAAUUGGGACGUCGAGACGGACUUAUAUCGCAAGCAUCAAGAGUAACCGGAAAUCUACCGCAGCCUGAAUUCAACCUUGAUCAACUCAACACCCUUUUUGCUCAGAACAACCUUACCCAACUCGACAUGAUCGCGCUCUCAGGGGCUCAUACUCUAGGCUUUUCGCACUGCGAUCGGUUUUUGAGUCGUAUAUAUUCGUCUCCUAUUGAUCCUACUUUGGACUCAAGCUAUGCACAACAAUUGAUGGACGCUUGCCCUCAAAAUGUAGAUCCAAGCAUUGCCAUCAACAUGGAUCCUGAAACUCCACGAACUUUUGACAAUGUGUACUAUCAGAAUCUAAUAGGCGGGAAGGGCUUGUUUAGUUCGGACCAAGUGCUUAACACCGAUCCAGAUUCUGAACCAACCGUGUCUGAUUUUGCUACUAACCCUGGUAACUUCAAUGCAGCUUUUAUUACUGCAAUGAGGAAACUUGGAAGGGUGGGUGUCAAAACUGGCAAUGAAGGUGAAAUAAGAAUAGAUUGUACAACAUUUAACUCAUGAAAUUGGGGAUGGUAUUUGAAGGUCAUCAUACAGUAUAUGAAAAAGAAUAGAUAUCCUUGUAAUUAUUUUGUUUUUGGUCCUUUGCGAUGCUUGUCAAUGCAUGUAAAAGAUAGGCAUUGUUUUUGUAAAUCAUACCAAUAAAAUGGAUUCAGUGUCACACUAUGUUUAACAUGUCAA